AUGUAUGUAUGUAUGUAUGUAUGUAUGUAUACAUUUAGUGUAUGCUUUGAGGGUAUUAUGUCUGUAAUAAGUGCCAAUACCUAUGGUUAUUUGGCAUCGGCUCUGGCCUCAUCUUCCUGGGUGGAAGUGUGA